AUGAGAUUGUCUUUACUUGUCGUCUCAUCAGUCAUCUGCGCUGCUGCUUCUGUAGUGCUGUUUGCUAAUUACCUUCCAAAUGAUAUAGCUCCCACCAAGCGUGGUGACGAGCAGCUGAUCAGCCUUCAAGAUGAAGCUAUCGAUCCUGAUAUCAAGCUUUUGGUCAAAAUUAUCUUCAACGGAACUGAUUCAUCCUCAACCAGCAAGCGCGAUGACAAGCAGUUGAUAGGCCUACAAGAUAAAUCGUUUGAUCUUGACAUCAAGGGUUUAUCAAAAUUAUCAAAAACGGAACUGAAGAAUCAUCUAAGCGUGAGGUUGCCGCUCCCAAAAUUCAAGCUGGCCUUUGAGCUGGCGUCUUCUGAUUUGCCUUUUUAA